CAACUGUACAAGUGUCUAGAUCCUGAUAACGAAAGUGCUACUUUAUCGGCACAACUAUUUGAAGUCACGUUUCCGUCACCCACCUGCCCUGCCGAAGCGAAUCACCCUUACACGUCAAACACCACCAAUCACACACGCCUGAGCCGCUUGAUGCCACCGCUUGGUUACAGCCUUUGAAUUCCGCCGGAGCUCUGUAUGGCUGUCUGUCAUUAUGUAGCCGGAUCCACGAUCGUCGAACUGUCCAGGCCAUCCCGCUCUCGAGCUCCGUUUCCCGCUCGUAUCUCCGCCCGGAGCCACGGCAUCAUCGCUGCUUGCGACGAGCUCGAGAUGCCUCAAGGCCCGUCGUGCAUAUUUGUCGGGCCUAUAGAGACAGCUAGUCAAGCGACCCUAGAAGCUCUCUACCGUCAAGCAAGGGAUUCAUAUUACAGUGGGUCACCGCUGAUAUUUGACGAUAUGUUUGAUAGAGUUGAGUUGAAACUACGUCGGUAUGGUUCAAAAUGUGUUGUCAAGUACCCUCGCUGCAGUCUUAGCCGGCAAUCAACUUAUGCCGAUGCACAGGAGGACCCAUCACAGGUUUUUGCACUAGCAAGCAUAUGGCUCCUGAUUCUAGGUCUUGGAGGUUCAGUCUUGCUUGUGCCUAUAAUAUACACUCUAAGUCAAGCUUAUCGUGAUGCAUUUACUUCAGAAAUGCCCUUCACGAGUCAAGCAUCCUCACUGCAGCUUCUUACCAUGCUUAAUGGCAUACUUUACAUGGUGUUAGGGUCCAUCAUAGGGUAUCCCAUUGCUUCAGCGUCUGCUGGAGCACUACGAGAGCUGUGGAAAAAUGACUUGGUUGCACUUAAAGGUGCAUGUCCAAACUGUGGUGAUGAGGUGUUUGCUUUUGUAAGACAAAAUCAGUCGAAUCAGUGUCCUCACAGAACGGAGUGUCAUGUAUGUGACAGCAUGCUAGAAUUUCGCCUGAAAGUUGAGCAGUCCAUUUCUAGACAUGGUAGGCAGAAAUGGGUUUAUGGGCGGGUAUACCUCAUUCGGCAGCAAGGAAGAAGGCAAAGGCAGUGAAGCAUUCUCAACAAUCAACAUCUGAUGAUGAAGCCAUAUGCCUGUUUUACCAGAUGUGUUUAUAGGCAAAGACUGAAUGGACAGCAUGAAGUUGAGUAAACAAACCUGAGCGCAAGAAGUUGAGUAAACCUGGUGUUCAGGAUUUAAAAUCUCCAAGGAAGAAAGGAUUUGUUGGGCUAAGAGCAUCUCCAAUGCUAUAAUGUGCACGGUGCACAUGUGGCAUGCCUCAUAGCCACAUAAAUAUUAUCAAAUAAAUAAUCUCUCUCCUUAUUUGAAUAAUUUUACACCAUUUUGGUAAGUUUUUUCCUGCAAUGUCAACAACAAUGUCAACAUCUAGACGGUCUCCUUGACAUUGUGGAGAAAAACUUACCAAAAGUAUAUAAAAUCAUUCAAAUAAGAAGAGAAAGAAUUUAUUUACUAAUAUUUAUGUGGUUAUAUCUCAUGCCACCUGUGCACCGUGCACAAUUUACCAUUGGAGAUGCUCUAAGGGCCGAAAAUCACGAUGGGGAAGCCAUUGUUGCACUAUAGAUGGAGCUCAUGAAAGAGGAAGAUAUAUACGGAGAAGAAAGGGCUGGAGGAAGCAGCUUAUUUUGGAGACCAAGCAACCAAAUAAUUAAAGGGUGUAACGGGUAAUUUAAAUAAAAGAUGACAUCGUUAGUUUUUCAUCAUCAAGCGGGCGUGUGUGCUUCGUUUACUAAAACAUAAGAGGGUUUCGUGCAUUUUUUAAAACAGAAGGGUUUAACGCGCAGAGUUUAUAUAACACACCGGGUUUCGUGCAAUUUACCCGUACUUAAUUCUAAAGGGUUGCAUCGCAAAAUUGAGAGCUCCACUGAGCCCCCACUUUUUGGAGUUUAGCGGAGGAACUAAAUCAUGGGAUUGCAUACAUGAUACACCAAGUCUUUUGUAGCACUUCAGAUCAAGAUGACAUUCUGCGGGAGGUAUUCACUAACUUGUGGGAUAGCCACAGUGACAGACUUGCUAGAGUGUGGAUGACGCCUAGUCCGUACAAUGAGGCUUAGGGAGUGUUUGCAAACACUUCUCAAAAGCACUUUUGAGCUUUUUCUGUGAGAAAAGCCAAAAGGAGUGUUUGCAAACUCAAAUUUUAGAUUAAUUUAAACACUUUUAAGCUAGAAGUUCAAAGCAGGUUGGGGGAUGCUUUUAAUAGCUUUUUGGUAUUUUUGUAAAUAAUUCAAACUUCAUGGAAACUUAUUGAAAUAAUU